CAUCUAUGUGGCCCAGUGUUCUGCCACCACCACCACUCAUUCUAAUCAGAUCAAAAACCUCUGCCUCUGCUUCUCAUAUAACAAAAUCAUUUCUGGGUUUUAACUGCUUCAUCAAUUACUGCAAACCCUUUAAGUUUUGCUUUCUAUCUCUUCUUCAACUUCAAAAUUACUUCACUCACGCAAUUUAUCAAACACCUUGAGUACAACCAUGGCUUCUUUAACAUUUGUAACAGAUUACACUGCCACUGAUACCUCUGUAAAUUUCAAUAACCAUCGUCUUCCCAAGAUCCAUAUGUUGUCAUUCUAUCGAUCAAAAAAAUCAAUUCUUGAUAUGACACAUUUUGUAUGUAAUAAUUAUACUAAUAGACAUUAUAAUAAUGUUGGUCAUUUUAGCAGAGUAUGUAAAGUUAAAGCAUCAGCCGGUGAUAAAAGUUCAGGUGACAGUGAUGCUGACGAGGCACUUCAAGCUGUUAUUGAGAAAUCUAAAAAGCUUUUGGCCAAACAAAGGGACUUACUUCAACAGAUAGCUGAGAGAAGGGAAAUAAUCACAGCAAUAAAGAAUGGCACAAUAAACUCUAAGAACGAGGAAAAAUUUUCUGAGGAGCAAGAGUCCUUUUUGGAACCGGAUUCUAAUGUUCUUGAUGACAUCUACACGCUUAAAAAUUCAUCUACUAGCAGUAUUGUUCCACCGCGAUAUGAAGCAGCCAAUAAGUUUAUCAUGUCUAGUAGUAAAAGUUAUGAUGUAGAUACAUCAAAAUCUGAAAUUAACUCGCCUCCUAAAAGGUCUUUGGAUCUUGAUUCCAAUAUCAAUUUUCAAGGCAAAAAUGUAGCUACAACAACUGAAUUGCCACCAUUUGUUUCUGAUAUGUCAACCACAUACGAAAAAGCAAAAGAUACCACUGAAUCAACAUUCAACCGUGCAAGUUAUGAUGUAGAUGUUCCCAUAACUGAAGAUGUAACAUCCCCUCCAUUAGCUGGGCCCAAUGUAAUGAAUGUUAUAUUGGUUGCUGCAGAGUGUACUCCUUGGUCUAAAACAGGCGGUCUUGGAGAUGUUGCUGGUGCCUUACCGAAGGCUUUAGCAAAACGUGGGCACAGAGUAAUGGUAGUGGCACCUCGGUAUGGAAAUUAUGCUGAACUUCAAGAUACACGAAUUAGUAGGUGGUAUAAGGUGAAUGGACAGGAUAUGGAAGCACAUUACUAUCAAACGUAUAUAGAUGGCGUCGAUUUUGUUUUUAUUGAAAAUCCCAUGUUCCAAAACUUAGGCAAUAACAUUUAUGGAGGAAAUCGCACAGAUAUCCUACGGCGCAUGGUCUUGUUUUGCAAAGCAGCUAUUGAGGCUCCAUGGCAUGUUCCCUGUGGUGGGUCUUGUUACGGGGAUGGAAAUUUAGUAUUUAUUGCUAAUGAUUGGCAUACUGCAUUGUUGCCGGUUUACCUUAAAGCAUAUUAUCAUGAACAUGGAUUAAUGGAAUAUGCAAGAUCUGUCCUUGUGAUUCAUAACAUUGCUCACCAGGGUCGUGGCCCAAUGGAUGAUUUUUCUUAUGUGGAUCUUCCACCACACUACAUGGAUCUUUUCAGAAUGUAUGAUCCAAUAGGGGGUGAGCACUUCAACAUCUUUGCUGCAGGUCUGAAAACUGCUUACCGUAUAGUUACAGUAAGUCGUGGGUAUGCCUGGGAGCUAAAAACCACAGAGGGUGGUCAGGGUCUUCACUGGAUAAUCAAAGAAAAUGAUUGGAAGUUAAAGGGUAUUGUCAAUGGAAUUGAUAAAAAAGAAUGGAACCCCGAACUUGAUAUUCACUUGACUUCAGAUGGCUACACGAAUUACUCUUUAGAGACUCUACAUACUGGAAAGCCGCAAUGUAAGGCAGCUCUUCAAAAAGAACUGGGCCUACCGGUUCGGGCUGAUGUACCGUUAAUUGCAUUCAUUGGAAGACUAGAUAACCAAAAAGGUGUCGAUUUGAUAGGGGGCGCAGUUCCUUGGAUGAUGGGUCAGGAUGUACAACUGGUGAUGCUAGGUACAGGAAAGCAGGAUCUUGAACAGAUGCUUAGGGAAGUGGAGAAUCAGUACAAGGACAAAGUAAGAGGAUGGGUCGGGUUUUCAGUUACUAUGGCUCACCGGAUAACGGCUGGAGCUGACAUAUUGCUGAUGCCAUCAAAAUUUGAGCCAUGUGGGCUUAACCAAUUGUAUGCUAUGUGUUAUGGGACAAUACCGGUUGUACAUGCUGUAGGUGGAUUGAAAGAUACCGUUCAGCCAUUUGACCCUUAUAAUGAAUCAGGGUUAGGAUGGACAUUUAACCGCGCAGAUACCGGGGAGCUGAUUCAUGCACUCUGGAACUGCUUGUUGACAUAUCGGGAAUAUAAAGAGAGUUGGAAAGGGAUUCAGAAAAGAGGGAUGAUGCAGGAUUUGAGUUGGGAUAAUGCUGCUCAGCAGUAUGAAGAAGUUCUUGUUGCGGCCAAGUACCAAUGGUAAAUUCGAGGCUUUUACGGUCAUAAUCUAGUUGUACAUUUUCUAGCAAUAACAAAGAGUUAUGUGCUUUCACAUUUUGUAACUAUGUACGGACAUAAACUACUAGAAGGAGAAUCAUAGAGGAAUUUUUCUUUAAUUCUUUGCAACUUGGUUACCAAAGAACAUAAUAAUCUAAUAUUUGAAAUAUUUGUUGAUAGUC